AUGGCGUCCAUCCGGCCCAUGACGCCGCAAGACCUGCUCAAGUUCAACGAAUGCAACCUCGACCCGCUGACCGAGACGUAUAAUGUCGGCUUCUACCUCGAGUACCUGACCAAGUGGCCGCAUCUGUGCAAGGUGAUUGAGGGGCCGCAUGGGAACAUCGAGGGGUAUAUAAUGGGCAAGACCGAGUCCUCGCCCUACCCGCCCCCCGUCUCGCCCUACAGCCCCGACACGAACCCGAACCCCAACUACCUCCCCUGGCACGGGCACGUCACCUGCCUGACGAUCGCGCCUUCAGCACGGCGCCUCGGGCACGCGACGCGGCUGACGCAGAUGCUCGAGCAGGCGUGCGACGCCGAGGACGCGUGGUUCGUGGACCUGUUCGUGCGGGCCGAGAACCUGGUCGCGCAGAAGCUGUACGAGGGCAUGGGGUACAGCGUGUAUCGCCGCGUGGUGGGCUACUAUAAUGAUGAUGAGGAUGCCCUGGAUAUGCGGAAGCCGCUUGGGCGCGAUGUCGGGAGGAAGCAUGUUAGGGAGGGCGGGGAGAAUGUCAGGGUUGAUCCGGGAGAGGUGUGGUGA